UAUUGAUUCAAUAAACUUCAAUUCAAAAAAACUCAUCUUGCUUCACUCCACUCCAUCAUCUCAUCUACACAAUGUCCACACGACAAUCCCGCACCGCAGACAAAUCUACCAAUGAUAAACAUACACGCAUCCUCAAGAAGCUUUUGCAAAAGCCCGAAAACAAGUUUUGUGUGGAUUGUCGCAAGAAAGAUCCUCGAUGGGCUAGCUUCAAUCUUGGAUGCUUCAUGUGCAUUCGCUGCUCUGGCGUCCAUCGUUCAAUGGGAACUCAUAUCACUAAAGUCAAAUCCGUGGAUCUGGACAGCUGGACACCAGAACAGGUGGAGAAUAUGAUCAAGUGGGGCAAUGAAAAAGCCAAUAUGUACUGGGAAGCUCGCCUUCCAGCAAACAGCAUUCCAAAUGAAUCCACUUCAGGAAUCGACCCCUGGAUCCGUUCAAAGUACGAACACAAACAAUUUGCGAGGAAGGGAUCUUUCCCUGACCCAUCCGAGCUUGGGCCUAUAGAUGAAGCAAUGCUUAUGGAAUUGUAUGGAAAGUCAGAUAGCCAGUCCCGACCACAGGCACAAAUGAAUAGAUCCAAGGAUACUUCUGGUUCAUUUGCAGGAAAUAUCGCACCCCCACCAGCAAAUCCAACCCGAUCCUCCUUCCCUAAACCUGCAGCUUCACCCGGUCUACAAGGUGCUGAUCUUUUUUCAAUCGGACAGCGGUCUGCAUCGCCAGCCAAACCGGCGCAAGCUUCUGCAGCCCCAGUGGAUUUUUUUGGAUUGAAUGACUCUACACCUGCACAAAGCACUCAAGUUCAGGCACCAAAACUCGUCUCAGGCAGUGCUACUCAGGACUUGUUUUCGAUUACUAGCACAACCAAUCAACCUUCAGCUCCAUCCAGUAAUAACGGACCACAGGCAGCAAAACCUGUUGCUAAUACUGACUGGAAGAACUCGAUCAUGUCUUUAUACGGAAACCAAUCUUCCGCUCCCAAGCCCAACACAGGUGGAUUUAAUAGCGCACCCUUUGGUCAGCUCCAAGGUAUUGAUGCUUUCGGUUUUGGACAACCACAACAACAGCAACAGCAACAGCAACAGCAACAGCAGCAACGACAGCAACAACAGCAACAACAGCAACAACAGCAGCAUAAUCCGUGGGGUAAUGAUGAUGGAUUUGGAGAUAUGCAACAAGCUUCAGCACCUGCGCCUUCAGCGUCAUCUUUUGAUAUAUUUGGUAUGGGCUCUAGCACCAGUAAUGCUAAUAACAAUAAUAUUAAUAACAAUAAUAACUUCUUUGGGGCAAAUAAUAACAAUGGCUUCGGGAAAAGCCUCAAUAAUGGCUUUGGGCCUCAAAAUGGAUCCAAUGGUGGUGGUGGUGGUGUUCCGCAAGGAGGCGAUCUUUUCAGCAUGAUUGCCGAUGCAACAAAAUCACCAGUGGCUAGCCCCCCUCCAAGCAACAACAAGAACAAUAGCGCCUUUGGAGACCUUUCUUGGAACUAAAAAAAAUCUACUACCUCGUACCCAUGGAAGUUUGAUAGAUUAGACUCUUAAUAAAAUUAUAUUAAGG